AUGGCGGCAUCACACAACAGCAGCCCGCGUGGAUCAGUAUACGACAUGAGCGACGACGAAGAGAGCGACUACAACAGCGUACGCCGUCGGUCGUCGGCCUCGCGCGGCGUCAAGCUGCUCUACGCAAAGAGCAAGGUCUUUGUCCACCCCUCGCCCUCUUCCAAGGACAACAUCGAUGGCUUCAUGGCCCUCUACGAGCAAAAGUCGCCUUCUGCUUCUUCCGCCGCUUCCUCGUCCACCCAAAUCCCCUCCCAGGGCCAGUUCGACACUUACUCAAAGGUCGAUCUAGACGACAAGGACCAACCCACAAGAAACCUCGUUCCACCCCCACCCAUCACUUCAGCCCACUCCGCAUCCCCAGGUCCAUACCCUUUUGCUGUUCAAGCCAGCGAAAUCUACUCAAUUCAGAUCCGUCCGCCCAGCGCCGGCUGGUGGUUUGGCAGUAUCGUCAUCAACACUCGUUCUGGCGACAGCUUCCCCGCUCUCUUCUUCCACGACAGCGAGUGCCAGUCCACAAUAAACCACCGCAAGAAGCUCGCCCGCGAGAACUUCGAUCCCUUUGGCGAAAGCGGCAAUCUGUUCUGGGGUGGUGAUCAAGUCUUGGGAUGGCUGAAGAGACACCUCAACGUCGAGCGCUCCCCCGAGCCCAACAUCUUCUUGAUCGAGCCUUCGGAUGCUGAUCGUACCGGCUUUGGCACCAACAAGUCCGGCAAACCCACUCCAGACAAGGCUCAGCAAGCUCUGGAAGGUCCAAAUGCACAACCUCAGAAGAAGAAAAAGGAGGAUCCUGUCGCAAAGUUCCUCAAGGACUCUCGCUGGGCCGUCUUGGAGAAGCUCAGCCAAGUCACCACCUUCACUCGUCGCACUGCUCAGGCUGCUGCUGAUAACCCCAAAUUGCCUCCUCAGCUGCGUCGUAUCAUGCAAAAUCCUCAGGUUCAGACCGUCCAAGAAGAGUUUGACAGUGCUCGCCUCUAUCUCGCCAGAUGGGCCAUGACUAUUGCCGAGCAGAGCGAACGUGACAGAAGCCAACGCAUCUACACUGCCAAGGACCUGCUUGAGAAUGAGGAUACCGAGCUGGGCGAAUUUGAGAUUCUCGAUGUUGAUAUGAGAAAUCUCGAGCUGAACGAGAAGAGAGAUCCUGUCACCCUUAAGGAAUGGAACGCUUUCUUUGAUUCUCAUGGAAGACUACAAGUCACCCCUGAUGAAGUCAAGGAGCGUGUCUUCCAUGGUGCUUGGCUGUUCCUCCUGGGUGUUCACGAUUGGAACAGUACCAGAGAUGAACGCAAGGCCAAGAUGAACAGCCUCAAUGACGAGUACAUUCGUCUCAAGGGUGCUUGGUGGGAUCGCAUGACGGACGAAGACGGUACACUCGAAGAACGCGAAUGGUGGAAAGAGCAAAAGAUGCGCAUAGAUGUGCACCGAACUGAUCGAAACAUCCCUCUAUUCGCUGGCGAAGACAUUCCACAUCCAGAUCCGACGUCUCCUUUUGCCGAAGUUGGCACAAACGUCCAUCUCGAGCAGAUGAAGGAUAUGCUACUAACGUACAACGAAUACAACAAAGACCUGGGCUACGUUCAAGGCAUGAGCGACUUACUCGCUCCCAUCUAUGCAGUCAUGCAAGACGACGCAGUAGCUUUCUGGGGCUUUGUAAACUUUAUGAAUCGCAUGCGCGAAUUUCCUUGGUUGGACGUCCUCCGUCUGUGGGAAAGCCUCUGGACCGACUACCUAUCCGCAAACUUCCACCUCUUCAUCGCAGUCGCCAUUCUGGAAAAACACAGAGAUGUGAUCAUGGAGCAUUUGCGCGGUUUUGACGAGGUGCUCAAAUAUGUGAAUGAAUUGAGCAAUACUAUUGAUUUGGCAUCCACAUUGCUCAGAGCAGAAGCACUGUUCAGAAGGUUCCAGAGGACUGUGGAGGCUAUUGACCGUAAAGACCAUUUCCCUACGCCUACAUUGAGGCAGAGGAAACAGAUUGCGGGAGGUAGUUUGGAUCAGGGUGCUGCUGCUGUGGGUCAUGACGGUAAGACUGCUACUGCUGCAAGUUCUUCGGAUGCUACGGGGAGUGCGCAGAUCACGACCACUACGGCACAGAAAGAAAGGAUUGUUAGUCCUGAGCUUAGGACUUUGCUCAGUAGGGACUUUGCCAGGGUUGAGAAACCUGCAAAGUGA